AUGUCAUUAAUACCAAAAGAAUCGGAAAUUCCAUCUUUUUCAUCCUUUCCUGAUAUUACACCUAAACAAAAAAAUAAAAAAUCUUUAAAAUCCAAAAAGCGUGAUGAAAGUGAAGACGAACAAUCUUCUGAUAGAGGGUACAAUAAUAAUGAAUAUAUUAAUAAAGAUUAUCGACCCUCUAAACGUAGCAAAAAGAAAAAAGAAAAGGAUCAUUCACGAUCCAGUGAGGAUGAUCGCUCAGUUUCUAAUAAGAAACGUGGUGGUGGGAGUCGUUAUGAACGUACACUUCCUGAACAAUCAUCAUCAUCAUCAACUAUUCUUGAGCAAGAGAAAAAACGUGAAGGAAUUUCCAAACCAAUUGAAAAAAUUCCAAAAGAAUUUAGACAUUUGAAUCCUUUUAAACCUAUAAAAGAAAAGGAAGCCAAAAAGAAAAAAAAAGAAAUUUCUGAAGAAUUUAUAAGAGAGAAGAUAAAAUAUUUUAAUGUCCAAUUGGAUCUGAAUCCAUAUGAUAUUAAUUUAUGGUUGGAAUUUAUUGAAUUUCAAGAAAAAAAUUCACAAUUUGGAAAAUCCAAAAAAGCAGAUGCAGCUGAUAUAAGAUUAAGCAUUAAUGAAGUCAAGCUUAGUAUUUUUGAAAGAGCCCUUGAAGCCAAUCCUAAUAAUCCAACUUUACUUUCUGCCUAUAUGAAAUGUUGUGAACAAAUUUGGGAUGUACCAAAAUUGCUUACAAAAUGGGAUCAAAUUUUAAAGGAAAAUUCUAGAAACAUUAUACUUUGGAUGCAAUAUCUUAAUUUUAGACAAACAAAUCUUGUUUCUUUUACAGUUAGUCAAUGCAUUCAAGUUUUUGAAGAUUGUUUACAUUUACUUAGAAAAGAAACUUUAAUUAUAAGUGAUCCUAAUGAGAAACUCAAAUUAGAACGAAUUAUGAUUCACGUUUUUCACCGAGCAUGUUUUUUCAUGUAUCAAUCGGGAUACACUGAAAGAGCAUAUUCUUGUUGGCAAGCUGUAAUGGAGUUGAUAUUUUUUGUACCAGAAAAUUUGCAAAGUCUAGAUUUUUAUGAUCGUUUAAUAAAAUUUGAAAGUUUUUGGGAAGCUGAAUGGUCCCGAUUCGGUGAAGAUGGUGCAAAAGGAUGGUCUUAUUAUGAAAAAAAAGUGAGUGAGGAUGAACCACAUGACAUGCCUUUUCUAAAUAUUUCUCAAAAUGUUCCAAGUGAUAAAUCACAUGAAGGUGAUAUUUAUGAAAAAUGGGUAAAUUCAGAAAAUAUUCGUGAUACUGAAUUGCUCUCAAUUCGUACUUCCGAUGAAUUAGAAAUAGAAGACCCUUAUCGCGUUACAUUAUUUGAUGAUAUUCGCACAUUCUUAUUUGAUUUAACAUCUCCUCAAUCUCGUAAGGAGCUUAUAUACGCCUGUUUUUCAUUUGCUGGAUUUACAUUCAAUCCCGGUUAUUCAUCUUCGAAUCCAUUGAUUACGGACACUUUUUUGAAUGUUAAGCUUGCCAAUGAAUCCAUCGCAAAUAUCAAUUUUUGGAUGACAACUAAUAUCACUACUACUAAGAUUACUUCAACAGAAAUGAACCAAAUGAACCAAAUGAAUGAUUAUGGAUUCAAAUUUCCGGUAAAGACUUUUCCUCCGGACGGUUCCAAUAUUUUUUCUUCACAGAAUUGGUUCUCGGUUUUUGAUGAAAAGAUAGACAUUAUGAGUGUUAAUAUUAAAUUUGUUAGAAACGUUAUUUAUCAAUUACAGCAAACUGAAAUUGAUAAAGAUAUUAAACUUUGUAUGCUAUCAAUCGAAUAUCUUUUCGACGCGUCAAG